AGGGAAGUCUUAUUGUGAAGGGCCCACAGGAAAGCGCGCGUCUCGGUCGGGCGCGCGCCGGCUUGACGCUACGCAGUCUCCGACGGCCACUCGGCGUUGACGAGCCCAUAUUUGCACGCAAGAGCAUCAAGGAGACCAAGGCGACAUCUUUCCCAAGGUAGCGCGAUGCGGUCCGGCCCUCUGACUUUGCUGGCGGUCCUCGGCCUGGCGGUUCCGCUGGCCUCGCUGCCCGCCGACGACGACGCGGUUCGGGACCUGAUCGGCAGGAGCUGCGACUUUUCCACGCGUCUGUAUCGGGCGCUGGCGAGCCGCGGCGACGACAACGUUUUGCUGUCCACCGCGUCCGUGUGGCGCGGCCUGACGGCGCUGCUCGCCGCCGCCGGAGGCGCCACCCGAGAAGAGCUGCGGACGGCGCUCGGACUCGCCGGACUCGACCCGCAAAACAUCACGGACGCCUUGUCGACGAUAACGAGCACGCCGGCGGGGGGCGGCGCCCUCAACCUCAGGCAGGGCGUGGCCUUGUUUGCCGACGCCGGCGCGCAGGCCUCGGCGCAGUUUGAGGAGCUUCUCCGACGCGACUACGGCGGCGACGUGAAGAGCGCUGAUUUCCACGCGCCGCGGGACGCCGCCGAAGCCGUCAACGCGUGGGUCCGCCAGCAGAUCGGAGAUCGGGUUCAGGACGCCGUGACGGACGUGGACCCCGGGACCAAGUGGCUCCUGGCCACCGCCGCCUCCUACCAAGCUCGCUUCAGUCAGCCGUUCAACGCCAGCGCCACUCGGGACGAGCGCUUCUACGUGGACCGCUACCACGUGGUGACGGUCCCCAUGAUGCUGCGGGCCGACAAGUACCUGCUGGCGUACGACCGCUCGCUCCGGGCCGGCGUGCUCAAGCUGCCCAUGACGGACGGCGCGGCCGCCCUGCUGGUGCUGCCCGACGAAGACGUGGACAUCGGCGCGCUGGAGGAGCAAGUGAGCCGGGAGAAGAUCCGGGCCUGGAUCGGGCAGCUCAAGAAGACGAAGCUGGAGGUGCAGUUGCCGCGCUUCUUCUUGGACCGCACCUACUCCCUGGGGGACGCCCUGCGGACGCUGGGCGUGGUCCGAGUCUUCGGGGACGACGCCGAAGGCCCCGAAGGCGCCAAAGUGUCGCAGGUUCUUCACAAAGCCGUCGCCGCCGUGGACGAGAGCGGCCCGGGAGACGCCGCCGCCGCCCCCGCCUUCGCCUCGCCUCCCCCUCGGCUGACCUUCAACCGACCGUUCCACUUUGUGGUUUACCAUCAGAGCAGCGGCGCCCUGCUCCUGAUGGGGCGACUGCGCGAUCCCACCAAGAAAUAGGGCCGCCCGCUGGUCCGCAAAGGUCGAACGGAGGCCAACGGAGGCCCGAGCCAUCCGGCCGCCGUUGCGCGCCAGGAGGGCGGCGACCGAGGCCCUCCGUUCCAGCUUUGCGGGCGCGCCGUCGCCCGCUUCCGCCAUCGAGCCGAUGUAGCGAGCAACCCCCCCCCCAUCCCGCAACCGCCGUCUUAGGAGCAGCAGCACGCGCGAAGCCGCCUCCUGCACGAGUUGAGCUUUCACGCCGUUCCCCGCUUGAUUCACGUGCUCUCCAAAGAAUGUUUGUUGCGCUCACGAGUGACAAGUGAAUAAAGUUGUCCAACUCGGA